UCUUCAUAUGUAGAUCAUCUGUAAUUAAAAUUUAAUAAUUCCGUAUUUAUUACAUAUAUUCAUUUCAGUGCAAUGACAAGCCUGAGCGAGACUAAAAAGGGUCCUAUUUACGACCCAGGUUUCUGUAGAUGUUGCGGAGAAAUGAAGAAAUGCCGACUAUUAAAUGUGGAAUACGAUCACAAGGGCCAAAAAGAGAUUUAUUCCGAUUUAUUUGUGGAUUGUUUUGGUCUUUUAUUGUCUCAACUGGAUGGUGAUCCCAAAGAACGUCUGAUUUGUGCAAUGUGUGUAUCACGAUUACGGGAAGCAAAUAGUUUUCGGAUACAAGUACUUAAGUGUGAAGAGAGGCUGCUUACAUUAAGGCUUAAUGAUUGUCACGAUCUGAAACUUGAUAUAAAAGAGGAAGUAAAUGAAAUUGCUCCGGAUGAUGAUGCGGUUGUAGAUGAUAGCUAUGACAUAGAACCAGUAGUUCCAGUGAAGAAGAAAAAAAGUCUCAAAAAGAAAAGACAUAAAGACAACAAAGAAGAUGUUUCCAAAGAGAUAGACAUACAAAUGAUGGAGGAGAUGCAGUAUGCUGAUCCGCCACCAGAGAAACAAACAAAAACACAAGACUAUGACAAGUUAAUAGACAAUAUUGUUACCAUUGUUGAAAAUUCAUAUGUAUGUCCGUUUGAUACGUCUUUCAGUGACUACUUUUGUAUGUAUUGCAGAGUAGUUUUUACAAAUCCAAUUAAACUACGAGAACAUACAUUGACACACAAUCCAAAGACAUUCAAAGAAAUUGUUACAAACUAUUCUAUGAAUAAAAAGAUUCAAAUUGACAUUGAUAGAAUUGACUGCCGUCUGUGCCCAGAAGUGAUUGGUGACAUUGACGUUUUCAAAAACCAUGUCACGUCACACGGAAUGCAAAUACAUAAUAUAGACGAUGAUUUCUUGAAGUUUAAAUUAAAAUUAGACAAUUUGUGCUGUCUGGAAUGUGGCAAGACCUUUGGUUUUUUUCACGCGUUGAAAAAGCACAUGGCGGAGCAUUUUGGCACUUGUAUUUGUGAUGUAUGUGGUGCGCAUUAUUUUGAGGAGAGAAUGUUAAUUUUACACCAAAAAACACAUCAACGUAUAGACGAAGUCUUCAAUUGUAAAGAGUGCGGCAAGAAUUUUAAAUCUAAAUACACUAGAUAUAUACACAUAGCACGCACUCACAAAAAAGAGUCUGCGUACCAGUGUCGUAAAUGCGACGAAGUGUUUUUCUCAUAUACAUUAAGAUAUCGGCAUAUGAUCGAUUAUCAUGGCGAAGAGCGAUUAUUUAAGUGCGAUCAAUGUGACAGGUCUUAUGACAGUAGAAAAUCCCUACGGGAGCAUAUCAGACGGACGCAUUUAAAAAUAUUAAGACACGCCUGUAUGAUGUGCGACAAACUGUUCUACUUACCGUCAAGGUUAAAAGAACACGUCAUGACAAGCCAUACUGGAGAGCGGAAUUUUCGGUGUGAAUUUUGUGGGAAGAGUUAUCCUAGAUUAAGGGGCCUGAAAGUGCACGUGCAAAGUGCGCACGGCACAGAGAAAAAACAUAAAUGUAUGCUGUGCAAUGCUGCGUUUACUAAGAAUUUUUAUUUAAAAAGUCAUGUUAAGCGGCAACACGGUGGUAUGGAUGGUGACAGCGAGCCAUUUUUGACACCUGUCAGUUAAAAUUAAUGAUACAGGCUUUUAAUAUUAUACACGUGAGCAAUAAGUCGUAGUUUAUCCUUGAGAAAUAUAUAGUAUGAACAUUA